GACCCCAUAGGGUGAGGCCAGGCUGUCAAUGGGUACUCGAGAUACUGCGAGGUGCUGAGCUUGCGCCCUCAAACCGUCGUGAUCGCGGGGCGGCGGAAGCCGUGACCGUAGGCGGCUGAACGACUAGCGGCCGGCGCAGGUGCCAGUGGGACUGCGUAUAUUGUGCUAGGGGCUGUCCCGGGAUGCGUGCGCACCUGCCCCAGCCCCGCCCAUUUUCGUGGUGUGGGCCAAGGACCCGCCCCGCGCGCCUCUCCUGAGGCGGGUCAGCUCAGUCUAAGUGCCCGCCCUCACGCAUUAAAUGAGCCGGCGGGACGGAGCCCCCGGAAACAGCCGUGCACUCCAGGGUAGUGAGCUACGCGGUCAGCAGCAGCCAGUCGCAGGAGCCUUUCUUCCACCAGAGAGCACCAUGGCGCAGCAGGUGGCCCUGAGCCGGACCCAGGUGUGUGGAAUCCUGCGGGAAGAGCUGUACCAGGGCAAUGCAUUCCACCAGGCUGAUACACACAUAUUUAUCAUCAUGGGUGCAUCGGGUGACCUCGCCAAGAAGAAGAUUUACCCUACCAUCUGGUGGCUGUUUCGAGAUGGCCUCCUGCCGGAAGACACCUUCAUCGUGGGCUUUGCCCGCUCUUCCCUCACAGUGGAUGACAUCCGCAAGCAGAGUGAACCAUUCUUCAAAGCCACUCCAGAAGAAAGGCCCAAGCUAGAAGAGUUCUUUGCCCGCAACUCCUACGUAUCUGGCCAAUACAAUGACCCAGCGUCCUACGAGGACCUCAAUAGCCACAUCAGUGCUCUCCACCCAGGGUCACAGGCCAAUCGCCUCUUCUACCUGGCCUUGCCUCCCACUGUCUACGAAGCUGUCACCAAGAACAUCAGUGAGACCUGCAUGAGCCAGACAGGUUGGAACCGCAUCAUCGUGGAAAAGCCGUUCGGGAGAGACUUGCAGAGCUCUGACCAGCUAUCCAACCACAUCUCAUCCCUGUUCCGUGAGGACCAGAUCUACCGCAUCGACCACUACCUGGGCAAAGAGAUGGUCCAGAACCUCAUGGUGCUCAGAUUUGCCAACAGAAUUUUUGGCCCUAUCUGGAACCGGGACAACAUUGCCUGUGUGAUCCUCACCUUCAAAGAGCCCUUUGGCACUGAGGGCCGGGGGGGCUACUUUGAUGAAUUUGGAAUCAUCAGGGACGUGAUGCAGAACCACCUCCUGCAGAUGCUGUGCCUGGUGGCCAUGGAAAAGCCUGCUUCCACAGACUCAGACGAUGUCCGCGAUGAGAAGGUCAAGGUGUUGAAAUGCAUCUCAGAGGUACAGGCUGAUAAUGUGGUCCUGGGCCAGUACGUGGGGAACCCCAGUGGAGAAGGAGAAGCAACCAAAGGCUACCUCGAUGACCCAACAGUGCCCCGCGGGUCCACGACUGCCACCUUCGCAGCUGCCGUUCUCUAUGUGGAGAACGAGCGGUGGGAUGGGGUACCUUUCAUCCUUCGUUGCGGCAAAGCUCUGAACGAGCGCAAGGCCGAGGUGAGACUGCAGUUCCAUGACGUGGCGGGCGACAUCUUCCACCAGCAGUGCAAGCGCAAUGAGCUGGUCAUCCGUGUGCAGCCCAAUGAGGCUGUGUACACCAAGAUGAUGACCAAGAAGCCCGGCAUGUUCUUCAACCCCGAGGAGUCGGAGCUGGACCUGACGUACGGCAACAGAUACAAGAACGUCAAGCUCCCUGAUGCCUACGAGCGCCUCAUCCUCGACGUCUUCUGUGGCAGCCAGAUGCACUUUGUGCGCAGCGAUGAACUCCGGGAGGCCUGGCGGAUCUUCACUCCACUACUGCACAAGAUUGACCGCGAGAAGCCCCAGCCCAUCCCCUAUGUGUAUGGGAGCCGCGGCCCCACUGAGGCAGACGACUUGAUGAAGAGAGUAGGCUUCCAGUACGAGGGGACCUACAAGUGGGUGAACCCCCACAAGCUCUGAGCGUGGACACACCCCAUCCUGCCCCUAAUCCUCCAUGCUACACUGUGUCUGUGCUUCCCACCCCCCAGCCCCG